UGAUCUAGAAUGGAAAAAUUUAACGGAUGCUGAAACGCCGAGUGGUGUAAUGUACUGUUACAACCAAAGUGGCGGGAACUUUAUACGUUACUGGGAUCCUCAUACAGUGACAGUCGGUAACGCCUCAACAAAUUUUCAGACAAGACAAAAGCGAGCAGAAGCUUCGGAGGCCGAUUUGAUUUCGGCACUUUUGAGCAUCAGUUCACAGAGCAAGAUGAUUGGUGCACCGCAGUGUGACGACUGCAUCUGUGGACUGCGAGGGUACAGUGUUUUGUUGAAAGGUCGUGUUCCUUCUGAACAGCUGCAGAAUGUCAGUACCGAGAUGGGCAACGUGUGGAAGUCCGUGUACGACGAAACACUGCAAAACCAAACGGGAGAUAUCAUCCAAUGGGAAGCGCAUCCAGUAGACGAUACGCCGGAUAUAAGCUUAAUUGAUCCGUUAUACGGAAAUCUAACACAUCUUACCUACGCGGUUAUUGUGAACGGCGUUUCACCUGAAGAAUUUGGUCUCCCGGAAAUUACGGAGAACGACUUGAAGCGCUACGGAACCAGUUUAACAUACCCACCAUGUUUUCGAUGCCGGCCCUUUUUUAAUGACUGGAUGUUUGUGAGUGGUUUGGGCAAUUCGACGAGCGACACUGCAGCAGUGAACUUGAAGAGAGCGCUGGAUAAUAGUUUCAAUGAAUGGAAUAAAAAAAUCGCGCGCCGAGGCCCUUUGUCCAUCGAACCCGAAUAUCUGACCACCCGUAAUUUUUCAACUGGGAACAUUUCGCUGCACAUGGUAUUCUAUGUAAUGCGCGUACCGUCCGGAGUCAGCUGGAAUAUGCUGCAGGAUCUGGACACGCCGUCCAAGGAGGUGCUAGAGCGACACUUCCGAGCGGAAGUGGGACCUAAUAUUACCGUGUACCCGAGUAUGCAGGACGUAGCGCAGUUUUUAUCCGAAUCAUUCGCCGUAUCCCUACCUCAACUGGCUGCCAUUGUGCAGGAUGAUCGCGAUCAGUGAUUGCUGUUUGCGACAUUCUGUACUCCCUACGAGUAGUUACAAAUAUAAAGUAUGUAUAACGAUAAUUCUAUACAGAGCGAGAGAUUGCAAA